GUCGGCGAGCAGCUCAACGCAGUGAGUGUCUGGCCGCGGUGGUGAAGGGAGGUGCGGGCACGGACGCCGCAAUCGCUCCUCAUCUCUCACUCAGUUACCGGUGCUCUAAUUGAAAAGAAAGUACAAAAAUCACAGUGACCUUGGUGGGGCUUCCGAAUCUGAAUAUGUCGUGGCUAUUGGCUGGUGGAAGCUGCGGCACUAAGCCUUGUUAAGCAGCAACGCGGCAAGAAAGCUCACCGUGUCCCCUGCAACACCACUCAGGUCACCCAGCUGUGACUGUAGGACAAACACUGACACGUGCAACAAAGGCCUUGACUCUCAAGGAGAAGAAAAGAAAAGAAAAGAAAAGAAUAGAAAACGUUUCAUGAUGCACCAGUUUGCUCGUAAAGUGCACGAGUAUAGUGUACAAAAGUAGAAAAAAAAAUGUGUUGUCCGUGAUAAAUGUGAUGAAGGAAUUAUAUAUUUCUAACUAGACGGCGGCAAGGGCGUGGCGCCAGCGUUGUGGUGACGGGGUGAGCGGCUGUUCGGGGACGUGGUGGAGCACGCUGGGUCGUGAUUCACCCUGACGGCUGUAAGCUAUUAUUAAAAGAAACUUUUUUUUAUUAAUAUGGUCUUUUCGUGCAUAGAUAAGGUUCUCCUAAAACUGGAGUAAUAUUGUGUGACAUUGUAAAUUUGAAGUUAGGUCAUGGAAAAUACAUGAAAUUUAAAAUGCGCAUGAGUUUGAAAGAUUAAUAAGAAACAAAUUAAUAAAGGAAUACUUGUGGAAAAAAGUACAUAUAUUUGUGAAAAUGAAGCAGUGAAGCGGUGAGAGUGUGACCUCCGACUUGCAUGACCUGCCAGCGUAAUGGGUGACCCCACUCGACAGGAUGGCAUCACACCUGGGUCAGACAUCCCAGGGGUGGUGGCGUUGACCCCAGCCAGCACGGAGCGGGUGUUCAAAGAGUUCUUCAGCACGGUGCUGAAUGACCUCAUGCGGCAACCGCCCUCCAAGUCAGAAGUAGUCAACGUCACCGCAAUUAUGAAGGAGUUCUCGGCUCAAGUCAAAAGCACGUCCGAGGCCCACACGCCGGUGCUCUUCUUCGCCCGGCCAGAGUCACCUGAUACUAUGGCAGUGGCGCUGGCGGGGUCGUGGGCUGUGGUGGUUAUGACGGCGUUGCUGAUCGGCAAGUGCGUGACCACGACUCCUAAAAACUUCUGCGCCGCCUCGCCCACGUUGCUCUACGCCCAUGGGAUUCGAACACUGGUGUUGUUGCUGCUCACGCUGAUCCAGGCAGGGGCGUGCGGCGAGGCGGCAUUAAGGUACCACCACUCCCAAGCCCCUCACGUCCUGCUCAUCCCCGCCCACGUCCUCGCGUUAUUCACCACCCUUCUCACCUGGAUUCUCUACCACCACCUGGAGAGGUGGCAGUGUGGGGGUGGAGUGGGCGUGGGGGUUGGGAUAUGGUUGUGCGGGACGUGCGUGGGGGGAGUGCGGGUGUGGCAGGCGGUGGGCUUGGGUGGAGUACCGCCCAUGCUUGUGUAUCCUACGCUCAGUCUGGCUUGCGGGGCGCUGCAGUUUCUUCUCUGCUGUCUGGACGUUGUCGCCUUCCUGCACUGGGUACACAAGCGGCGCCACACGCAAGUGCUGGAAAUCACCCCAGGGAAGGGCGAAGGUUGUACCGCGGCUGGGAGCGAGGCGGGGAGCGGAGGCAGCCUUGCUUACCGUCACCCCCACGUGGGACUCCCUUCCCGUGGCACCUUCUUCUGGUAUCUCCACCUGCUGCGGCUCGGCUGGCAGAGACCUCUAACCUACUCCGAUCUGGGCAAGCUGCCCCGGGAGGAGGAGGCGAGGUACCAGCAUGAGAGACUGCUUGACCACUACCUUAGGGAACAGAGCCACCUCGGAGUGGACAGAUCUCCCUCACUGUGGCGGGUGUUCUUCCUCACCUACUGGAGGGAAAUGGCACUCGGCGGACUUUUCAAGCUGCUGGGGGAUUGUGUGAAUGUGGUGGGACCCUUGGCUAUCUCCCUCAUCGUGACCUACGUGACGCAGAUGCAGGAAGGCAAGCUGGUGAAAGAAGGAGUCGUGGUGGAUAAGCUGUACUACGUGGGAUGGGAGGAGGCGGCGAGAAACGGGUGGAUAGUGGCUGGCGUGGCCCUGGUGGCUGCCCUCGCCCAGUCCACCUUCAGCCAGACCUCCACACACUUGGUGGCCAUGGAAGGCAUCCACGCCAAGGCCGCCCUGCAGGUCAUGAUAUACAACAAGACUUUGAGGCUGCACUCCGCCACCACCCCGCCGUCAGCUCUUGACGGAGGGGCUGACGCUUCCAGCACGCGGAAUGGAACCAUGGCAGGGAAAGGCAAGGGCGGUGGAGGAGGAGGAGGAGGAGGAGGAGGCGUGGGUGCAGCAGGCCGUGGAGGAGGCGGCGAGGCGGGGGAAGGAGGACAGGACGCUGGUGUCAUCAUUAACCUGACCUCAGAGGACUCAGACAAUAUCCUGACCUUCUUUAUGCACUGUCACUACAUCUGGGCAAUUCCUCUGAAGGUCUUGGUGAUCAUGGCGCUACUGUGGGUGCAGCUGGGUACCUCCGCCGUGGUUGCUGCCGUCGCCGCAAUCCUUCUGCUCACGCCACUGCAGUUCCUCCUUUGUCGACGGAUAGCGGACACCAACAAGACCUUCCUGACUGUGAGUGACGAGAGGUUGCGACGGACGUGUGAGGUGCUGGCGGCGGCGCGGCUGGUGAAGGUGCACGGGUGGGAGGAUGUGUUUCUACGCAAGAUCACCUCCGUCAGGAAGAAAGAACUCGCCCUUCUGCACCGUGACUCUCUUUUACGGGCCUUCAUGACCUUCCUAACGCAGGCGGCGGGGGUGCUGGUGUCGCUUGUGACCUUUGGGCUGUACACGCUGGUGGAGGAAAGGCCGUUGGAGGCUGGCAGCGUCUUCUCCGGCCUGGCGCUCUUCAACCAGCUAACGGUGCCUCUGUUCAUCUUGCCAAUCAUUCUUUCCCACACUAUUAAGGCCAAGAACAGCGUGCGUCGACUGGAGUUCUUCUUUCAAACCCCAGACGUGGAGGGUCCUCGCACUCCUCUCACUCCCAUCACUCUGAGGACGCGACGGGGUGGAGGGACGGGCUGCAAUGUGGACUGCAAGGAGGGAGGAGGAGCAGCAGCAGGGGAGAAAGGGGUGAGAGCUAAUGGGAGAGGAGCAGGGGAAGGAGGAGGAGCAGGGAAAAGAGGAAAUGAGACACCUGAUUCCAAGACAUCCAGAUUGUCACGAGUCACGGAGGAAAGUCGACCCACCUCCGCUUGCUCCCUGCUCUCAUCCACUGCGUCGCGGGAGGAAGAGGAUGACGAUGACGACGAAGAUGACGAGGAAUGUAAUGAAGAGAAGGACAAGAGUGAGGCUAUCAGCACGCCAGCUCAGGGCAGUGUGGAGGCAGAGACCGAGUGCUGGAAGAACAGAGGUGAGGGGCUGGUGACGGCUGACGAAAGACGACAAGCAGCAGUAAGCAUCCAGUGUGGCAGCUUUGCGUGGCCACCCCUCGGCCGCUACCCAGCUCUCGAGGACAUCAGCGCUCAGGUGCCCGCAGGAGGACUCACUGUGGUGUUGGGUGCUGUAGGAGCUGGAAAAACAUCCUUCCUGCUGGCGCUGCUGGGGGAACUGUGCACUGUGAGAGGACAGCUACGGUGGUACGGAGAGAUGUCCGUGGCGUACGCACCUCAACAGCCGUGGCUCCAGAACGCCUCCUUGCGAGACAACAUUCUCUUCGGGCGCCGCUAUCUGGCUCGGCGCUACAACAGAGUCCUCACCGCCUGCGCCCUCCACCCUGAUGUCAAGAUCCUGCCGCACGGGGACCUGACGGAGAUAGGCGAGCGGGGUAUCAGCUUGUCAGGUGGCCAACGUCAACGUGUAGCUGCUCGUGCCCUCUACAGCGACGCGCGCACGGUCAUUCUGGACUCGCCCUUCUCCGCCCUGGAUUCCGGUGUGGCUGGCCGCGUGUGGGAGGAGGGGGUGCUGGGGCUGUUGCUGCGCCGUCGUCGAACCGUCAUCCUCGCCACACAUCUCACGCACUUCUCCCGUCGCGCCCAGAAAAUCAUUUACUUGGAAGGAGGACGAAUCUCAGUUCAAGGAAGUCCUUUAGAGGUGUCUCGGAUGGCGCCGGAGCUGUGGCAGAGGUGGGGCGGCGGGAGCGACAAGCAGGGGACGCAGGGCACGCCGGAAGGGGUAGCGGGUGAGGGACGCACGGCCAGGGAGAGAUGGGCUUUGGUAAGGCUUGUGUCCCGCCUGGCGCUGCGGAACAACUCCAGAAGGGGAUCACAACGAAGCAGUGCUGACGAGCACAACGCAGAGGACCACGAAGACUAUCUGGGCGGGGGUCACAGCAGGGCGGCGCGGCAAUACAGCAUGAACAGAGAGGUGCCCCACAGCGCCCUUCUGCCAGGGGACGAGUAUGUCUACCUGCCACCGGCCCUCACCCCACUGCUGCCGCCUCACCCUCUCCUUCAUCCCUCCUCCUCCACCACCUCCACCUCCAAUAAGCUCCAGCUCUUCCGAAUUAAAUCCAGCGCUCCAGCAUUUGGAAAGUCGUCUCAGGUGGAGCGUGUGAGGCAGGUUCCUCGCCACGCCCUCAGUCUUCCUCCCCAACCCCGCCCCGCCCCGUCACGACCUCGCCCUGCACCCCAGCCUCUCCUCAGCCGCCUUCUCUCCUCCGCGUCCCUUAGGUCAGUGCGGCGUACGAACAGCACUCAAAACGAAAAAUGGAACUUGGGUCGCCUCUUUGCACCUUCUACAGCCUUAGAAGAAGACCUGGAGCUGGAGGAGGAGGUACCCGUCGAGGAGGAGGUGGAAGAAGAUGGAAAGAUGGUAGAGGAAGAACAGGAGGAAAGAGGCAGAAGCGUCUCCUCCACCUGGAAUUACCUAGUGUACCUGAAAGCCUGCGGGGUGAGCUUGGGAAUGGCCUACCUGCUAUGUGCCCUCGCUGGUCAAGGAGUGAGCGUGUUGCUGGACUUCUGGCUUGGACGUUGGACUGGAGAGGCGAGUCACUGGGAGGAAACGAGACGGGCGAACGAGACCAGCGAGGAGGCGAUGCAGGAGUUUGUAGAGAGGACGAUGCGUUCCUAUUACCACAUCUACGCCAUACUGUCCGGCAUUUCCGUGGUGCUGUCCCUCUCCACCAACCUCCUGGGGCAGCUGGCGGCGGGGCGGGGACGCAAGAACCUCCACCAAGGCAUGUUGCGCGCCCUGGUGAAAGCUGCUCCGAGGUUCCUGGAUGACACCCCCGCUGGUAGACUCCUGAACCGCGUCACCACAGACACUGCCAUGAUAGAUAAGGAGUUAGCACGGUCAGUCACCCACCUGCUGUUCUUCGUGCUGCUUGUGACCUCUGCUGUCCUCGUCAACGCAAUCGUCACGCCUGCUUUCCUCGCCGCCGCCCUGCCCAUCUUCCUCCUCUACUACGCCGUCCAGAAGUUCUUUCGCUGCUCCUCAAGGGAGCUGAAGCGCCUGGAGAGCCUGUCCCGCUCCCCGCUGCUCAGCCACCUCGGGGAGAGCGUGAGUGGUGCCUGCGUGGUGCGUGCCUAUGGGCAGGAGCGAAGAUUCCAACAGGUGUUCCUCCAUCGCCUGGAUACCCACCUGGCGGCCUUCAUCCUCCUGCAUGCUGGCAAUCGCUGGCUUGGGAUCUGCUUGGACUACAUCGGGGGGAUCAUUGUGUUCUGCGCCACUGCCGCCUCCUUACUGGGCUCAGCGAUUGGCCUGUCGCCGCGACUCACGCCGGACAUGGUUGGUUUGGCCAUCAACUACACUCUGCUGGUGCCUGUCUACCUCAAUUGGGUGGUGCGAUUCCUGGCAGACACCGAGAUGGGCCUGUGUGCCGUGGAGAGGGUGCAUCACUACGCCAGCCUGCCCGCGGAGGAGAACGACGACCACCACGAUGAAGGGGAGGACGACGAUGACGAAGACGAUGUUCAAGGAAAAAGCAAAAGUCACCCUGGUUUUACUGAUGAUGUUGAAUCAGCCCAGCGCUACCGUCGCCGCCCCAGCCAGAUCAGCUUCAAGUCUUGGCGAUCAGGUCAGGCUGCCUCAGGAUUACCUCCGGGAUGGCCGCUGGAGGGACAGGUCGAGUUCCGCAAUGUUACUUUGAGGCAUAAUCCGAACCGCCCUAUCGUCCUCAGAGGCCUCAACUUCGUCAUCAGACCCGGAGAGAAGGUCGGGGUUUGCGGACGCACAGGCAGCGGGAAGAGCACACUGGCACUCGCUCUCCUUCGUGUGGUGAGAGCAACGCGAGGCUCCGUUCUGAUUGAUGGCACUGAUCUCCGCCACGUGCCCCUCCACAUCCUGCGAGCCUCGACUUCCUUAAUCCCUCAGGACUCCCAACUCUUCUGCGGCUCUGUGAGGUUUAACUGUGAUCCCCUGGGCCAAGCUACGGAGCACCAGGUGUGGCGCGCCUUGGAGGCUGUGCAGCUGAAGGACCUCGUGUCUGCACUCCCUGCCGGCCUAGAUAGCGAGGUGGUGGAGGGAGGAGCUAACUUCAGCGUUGGGCAAAGACAAUUGUUUUGCGUGGCUCGAGCGUUGCUGCGUCGUUCCUCUCUGCUUAUUCUGGACGAGGCCACUUCCGCUCUUGAUCCACCUACAGAGGCGGCACUUCAUCACGCCCUCACAAACGCCGCCGCACACGCCACUGUCAUCACUAUUGCUCACGGGCGGAAAAGCCUCAUGACGCUGCCCAGAGUGUUGGUGCUGGAGGACGGGCAACUGGCGGAGGAUGGUGACCCGCAGGUGCUUGCACGGAAAGCAGACGGGGCCUUCGUCCGGUUGCUCUCCAGCACAAUUGACCCCGCUGACACUGCCAAACAGAGUAGCAAUCACCUCAUGGAGAACAACGCCAGAAAGGUUCUAUACAGGGUGUAGGUCCUGUAUCGGCCUAGUAAUUCUAAUUAAAGAUCUUCCAUAUGUAUAGAGAUGAAGAUGUGACUUUUAGACUGUUUCUCACGUAAAGUUUCGUCACUUUACGAACAAAGACGUAGAAUAAGACUUCCCUUUUAUCUUUGUACAAGAAAAGUUCCUCACUUCUCUGGAACGUCAUUAUAUUAGUGUAACCGUUCCUAUUCCACCUUGAGAGCAAAGAAGUAUUCCAGAGAAAAGCCAUGGAACAGUAUGAUGAAUGAGCUGAAAGGGAAAGAAUGUGGAAGUGUAUCAUGUGAUAUCAACCUUGUGAUAGAUGCGUAAGCUUUAUUUUAUAUAUUUAUGAUAAUUUUGUUAGAAAAGACAAACAGUUUUUAGAAAUAUAUACUUGUUAUACAUAUUUAUUUCAAUGUGUGUGUAUGUAAGUGUGUGUGUGUGUGUGUGUGUGUGUUAUACGUAAUUCACUGUUUGAUCUGCUGCAGUCUCUGACGAGACAGCCAGACGUUACCCUACGGAACGAGCUCAG